AUAGAGAUAGUAGUCAAUAUCGCCAUGAACCACGUUAUGGGACGAUUGCAAUUUGUCACUAACGCUGUGUUACUACUGUAGGUUGGGUAACCAAGCAUAAUAUGUUACGUAACUGUGGACGUGGACGUGGAAGUGGACGUCGACGUGGACGACAUUACUUUUAGCAGAGGGAUGGUGUGAGGAGGCAUAACUGCGUUUCAUGAUGGCGGGGAAGAGGCUGUUUAGAUGGUCUGCAAGACGUCGCAUGUUUUUGAUGGCCCUGCUGGGCUGCUGUACACUUCUGGCUGUAGCUAACCUGGUCAGGCUGCUGCAGUCACCGCCCACUGGGAAACACAAUCGGGCACGUGAUACUAACAGUGAACUACAUGGCAAGAACGGUGCACCAUACACAGGCAUGCAUGGAAGGAAAGGUCCUAUCGAUCUGAAUUCUGAAACUGAAAGACUACAUCUGGAUGUAUAUGGAAGCAAUUCAUGGAGCAUCAUUCAUCAAAAGAAAUCCCCCGAUGAAUUAAUCAAGUACAAUAAUAAACCACAUGCCUAUCAAAACCUGACUGUCCACUUCCUCAUUGGUCAGGAUAAUUCCCGUUUUGAAAUGCAGAAUUUUCUGUCUGUAUGGAGUGUAAUGAAGAACAUGAACCCGUGCAAAGUAAUGUUCCAUUGUCACGUGUUGCCCAUGAACACGCCAUGGUGGAGACGAACCCUUCAGAUAAUCCCAAACAGAAAACUAAUCCUAAUAAACGCCGGGAAUUAUUCCCGAUAUACGCCCACCAUGAGAGAUAUGGUAUGGAACCACGGCGAUGUCAUUGUUACACCAAACAUCGUGUUUUUGAAGAAUCUGAAUGACUUACAACGAUAUGAUCUGCUUGCUUACGUUAAUAAAAACAAAGUAGGCAUGUUGUACCUGUCAAAAGCGUCGUCUCUAAAAGAUAUAGUUGACCUAAUUGAUGAUGCUUUCAAGAAAGGUCAAAUUGACUAUAACAAAUUGAUAGGACUUGUUGAGAAGAGGAACGUUCUCCGCCAUCAGCAGGCUGACUCCGGGAUGUGCUGCGUGAAUGAAAUGCAGUCGCCAGCUGCUGACCAUCUGUUGAGAAAUAGAACUCUGGUCAGUAUAGACGUCACCUAUACGGCCUAUAACCCACCACCAACACUGGACAACAUACUGAAGUCAUCAACUCAGUUGGCUACCAUAGGCAGGAAGGUCUUGUUCGAAUCUACGGCCAAAGUUGCCCAAUCCGUGCCAAACGUGUUUCUUUACCUGUGGGACGAGAGUACAGUUAGAGAUUUAAACAUGAUGGAACUGUUGAGUAUUAAAAGCGUUUACCAUUUUGCAAAGCCCGAUGAAAUACGUUUCUAUAGCACCAUUACCCCGUCGGGACCACGAUGGGAUGACGUCAUGAAACUACCGUCGUUUACGUUCAUCAAAACAGAUACAUCAGUGUUGCGUGACAGUUGUGUGGAAUGUAAGAUACUUCUCAAGCAUGGCGGUUUCCUUAUUCAUUUUGAUGUUAUUCUCACAGAAGGCGUAGAUCUGUUCCGUCUUGGGUAUAACUUGAGGCUUGGCACCAAGAGUUCGGGUCCAAAUGUCACAAUAGACUUUGGUCACAGAUUCCAGUUUUUAACAAAAGAGGAGUUUCAGAAACAAAAACGCAGGGUGUGUCCAAACGUCGUAAUGGCGGUGGUGAAUGGGCGUUAUUAUGCAGUUAUCUGUCCACAAGUUAUACAUGACGUGAACAGGAAGGGAAUCAGUUCUUGUUUGAAUUCUACGUUUGUUCAAGUGCCGAGUCCUGAUUUCAUAAUACAGAAGGUGAACAAAUCAUCGGUGGCUUCAAUGACAGGUUGUAUUGCCGAUGUGGCCCGGUAUGUAUUAUUUGGAGAGACGAAAGCCUUUACAGAAGAAACAUAUCGCGUACCCAACGUCAUCCAUUACAUUUGGUUUGGGAAGGAAACACAGUUUCAUAUGUAUAUGUUCCUAUGUAUCUACAGUGCCUCCAUUAACCAGAAACCAGACCGCAUAUACUUCCAUUAUAACCAAUUACCAAAAGGGACAUGGUGGCAGACCUUUGACCUUCGCAGUCAACUUGACCCUUGUGCGCACAACGCCACCUACCUCCAUCUUCGGGCGACCAAUCAGCGUGGUUGAGCAUCAAUCGGACGUCGCCAGGUUGGAAAUUCUCAAGAACUACGGAGGUAUUUAUCUCGACAUCGAUGUCUUUGUAAUUAACCGUCUUGACCCGUUACGAACACACAGUUUCGUCAUGUCAGAGGAACAACC